UAAUUUUAUGUGUAGAUUUUGUGUUUUUUGAAGUGAUAAAAGUGUUAUUGAGUGAGUUUAAAGUGUUUUAUAGAAGUUUUAAAAUUUUUAAGUCUAAGGAUAUUUUAGUCAUUUUAAUAAAUUAAUUUAAAAUAGGAGUAACGAUAAAAUGAUAAAAAUAACGAAAAAUAAAAAUUGGAAAGUUAAUUUAUUGUAGCAAAAUCUAUUUCCACACAGUACUACGUAAACAUAACCACCAUUUGCAACAAAUCGACAAACACAUCUUUCCUCUCCUCACAAUUCACAAAAAAUCCUUUCCCAAUUCUCUAAAAUCCCCUCCUCCCAAAAAAAUCCCAUCCCAUCCCAUCCACCCAUAAAUUCCCUUCUUCCUCUCCUCUCAAUUCAAUUUAGGGUUCAUUUUCUUCCUCAUUUCCCCUGAUUCUUUUCUCAUUUUCCCAAAAGAAUCAUGUCAGGAAGCGGCGUAGUAACCCUAUAUGGAAACGGAACAUUAACCGAAACCUCAACAAAUACCAAAUCCCCGUUCUCUGUCAAAGUGGGCCUCGCCCAAAUGCUUCGUGGCGGCGUUAUUAUGGACGUCGUCACACCCGAACAAGCCAGAAUUGCUGAAGAAGCCGGUGCAUGUGCUGUUAUGGCCCUCGAAAGAGUCCCCGCUGAUAUUCGGGCUCAAGGCGGUGUUGCCCGUAUGUCGGAUCCGCAACUCAUCAAAGAUAUCAAACGGGCUGUAACCAUACCCGUUAUGGCUAAAGCCCGAAUUGGCCAUUUCGUCGAAGCUCAAAUCCUUGAGGCAAUUGGGGUUGAUUAUGUCGAUGAAUCCGAGGUUUUAACCUUAGCUGAUGAUGAAAAUCAUAUCAAUAAACACAAUUUCCAAAUUCCAUUUGUUUGUGGAUGUAGGAACUUGGGUGAAGCGCUUAGGAGGAUCCGAGAAGGCGCGGCAAUGAUCCGAACCAAAGGAGAAGCGGGGACAGGUAAUGUUAUUGAAGCUGUAAGACAUGUUAGGUCUGUAAUGGGUGAUAUUCGGGUGCUCCGUAAUAUGGAUGAUGAUGAGGUUUUUACCUUUGCAAAGAAGAUUUCUGCUCCUUAUGAUUUGGUGAUGCAAACAAAACAGCUUGGAAGGCUUCCUGUUGUGCAAUUUGCUGCGGGUGGAGUUGCAACACCAGCAGAUGCAGCUUUGAUGAUGCAAUUGGGUUGUGAUGGAGUGUUUGUCGGGUCGGGUGUGUUCAAAAGUGGGGAUCCGAGUAGGAGGGCUAGAGCUAUUGUUCAAGCGGUUACACAUUAUAGUGAUCCAGGAAUGUUGGCUGAGGUUAGUUGUGGAUUAGGGGAAGCCAUGGUUGGGAUUAAUUUAAAUGAUGAAAAGGUUGAGAGGUAUGCUUCUCGCUCUGAGUGAGUGAUAAAGGAAUAAGCUAAGAAUUUCAAUUUUAUGUUUUUUUUUUAUGGUUUUAUUAGUGGUAGGUGGUAAUGUUUAAUUUUUGUUUGGAAUUCAUAUAGUAGAAAAAAAACAAACAAACAUAUAAUUAUGUUUUAUUAUAUUUUUGUAUGAAUGAAUUGGUUGUUUUUGCUA